UCCGCCGAUGUGAGCUCGGGGCCGCAAUGAGAUGAGUAUGCGCGUGGCGUGGGCAAGGUGGUACUGGAUCGUGAUACUCACCACGUGCGCCGCGCGGACCGCGAGUGACUGGCUGGACUGCGCCCACAUCGCCACCUGCCACUGCAAAUGGUCCUCCGGCAAGAAAACGGCCAGCUGCGCGUCCAGUGACCUCCGACGCCCCCCAGCGCUCUCCUCAGACGUCCAAGUCCUCGACCUCCACGACAACCCACUCAGAAACCUCCCCCAAGAAGUCUUCGCGAACAUCGGAUUAUUAAACCUACAACGAUUGAACCUACGAGCGACACAACUCAGGUCCAUACACGCUGACGCGUUUCUAGAACUGAGAAUCCUCAUCGAAGUUGACCUAGCUGACAACGACUUAUCCAAUAUACCCAAAGAAAUAUUCAGGGGCAACGAAAGAUUAAGACUCGUCGUCUUAAGCAACAACCCGCUAACAACGCUAGUGGCCGACCAAUUUCCACCACUACCCCAUUUACGAACGCUGUUGUUAGACGGUUGCCGAUUAAGAUCCCUGCACACGAAUUCACUAAGGAAUCUGAAGUCGUUAGAGACAAUAGAUUUGUGUAGGAACCAGCUCACAUUCCUCCGUUUAGUCACGUUCUCGCUGCCGGCGUUGAAAACCGUGUCACUGUCGGGCAACCCGUGGCGAUGCGACUGCCGCCUGCGCGAGUUUAAAGACUGGUUUCUGGAUAGCAAAUUAGGGACGGAAGAUUUAGUGUGCGUUGAGCCUUCAACGAAAGCUGGGAGCAAGUGGCGCGCUGUAUCCAGUGAAAGUAUGACGUGCGCACCCGAAGUGCGGUCGAGUACACUCGUCGUUAGAGCAGAAGUCGGCGUGGCAUCUUCAUUUGGAUGCUGGAUCCAUGGCGUCCCAAAACCCAAAGUCACGUGGCUCCUCGACGGCGUCAACGUACACAAUAGCUCGAUAGAUUGUGAUAUGGAAGAAGUGGAAACGAUAAUCGACGACGAAUCGGGCGAACGUGUGCCAGGUAGUGUGCGAUGGGUGAACAUAACUCUCUUGAAUGUGACAACUAGUGCAGCCGGGGAAUGGACUUGUGUAGCUAAAAGCGUAGCCGGUGAAGCGCGCGCGGUAAUAAGUUUAGUUUUGCCCCGCUCCCAGACAGCCACGGCUCGCACGGCCCCGGGAAUUCCUCAGCUUUUAGGAGUCGUAUUUGGGGCAUUAGGUAUUUUAGCGUCGCUCGGUUUUAUAGCGGCCGUUGCCUGCUGGCAUUUGCGGAGACGGACGGUCCCGCCGAGCCGAAGUUUCACCGAUCAGGAGAAAAGAUUAAUCGAUGCUUCAGUAGUAGUCAGUUGUGACAGAUCAAUUGGAGAUAUGGCAUCGCCUUGUGACUUUGAGUUGACUGAGCAGUCACUUGACGAUAACCCGCCACGGGGAUGUGGUUUUGAUCCUGUUCAUAUAACGAUAGAGGGAACACCUGGAGCGUUUCCCCCACCGCCAGCAGAAUUUGCAGUGCCAGUUCCUUACGGGAAUAUCUUCAUCUCCGUUCAAGUGGCUGGCAGAGGUGAGACUGGGAAAUACCCUGACUUACUGAGCGGUGGGGCGACAUUACCCCGACGAAGUCGGACGUGUUGCACUGUUCCAGCGUAUGACAACAUGGGUCCUAGAGUCACUGCUACUGGCAGCUCGACGUGGUCCUUACCAGGAGCGAGCACAGAGAACGUUGAGGUUUCAGAAACCCCAGUCCUGACCCUGCCCCCACCGCCACCUGAGUUCGUCUCCCUUUAGCCUAGGCCCUUGGUACUAGACCCCUCAGCCUUGAGGUGACCUGGUACCACGAACAUUCGAGUCAAUUAGACUAUUCCCCUUUUAUUCGAUUACGAUAAUCUCUAUAACUAAGUGAAAUGUAAAUAUUUAGAGUGCUAAGUGAAGACGAUGUGUGACAUCUUGUGAGAUAUACGUAAGGUUGUUAUCAAUAUUAAAAUCUAAAAUUGCAUUUAAGGAACUUGUUAAUAUGUUGGGAUGGUGAAUGAAGUGAUGAUGGAGUCGUGAAUUUUGUUGGCGGAAAAUUAUAUACUUUUAAUCCUGGCUUUCAUCUCAUGAAUAAUAAUAAUAUCCUUCUGACGACUAAGGUCCUUACAAAAAUACCUACUCAUUUAAACAACAGUGUUUAUGUUGUGUUUUAUCUUAACACGUUUUCCGCCACCAAAAUUACUUGUGUAAUUUAUUUCCUAGAUGUUGAUUUUAACUUUGCAUACGUGUCUUCCCAACUUUUGUAAAUAUUGUUUAAUCAUUAUACAAACUUCCCAAACAUAAGACUGACCCUUUUGUCUUGUUUUGUCUCUCUUUGUAAUUGUAUGUAACGCUGUACACUCCAACUAGUGUCAAACUGGAUAGCUUAAAACAUUUAUUUGAAAGCAAAAUAUCUAAAUAAUGUAAAAAAUAAA